AUGGCUAAAAUCAAGAAAACCUAUUUUUGUCAAAAUUGUGGAGCUCAAUCUCCUCAAUGGGUAGGGAAGUGUGGUUCUUGUAAUGAAUGGAAUACUUACGUAGAAGAGGUAGUCUCUAAGAAUGAAAAGAAAUUAUUUUCCACUGGUCCUACUGCUAAACGAAUUUCUAAGCCAGUGCCAAUAGCCCAAGUUUCAGAUGAGAAACAUAAUCGAAUUAUCUUCAAGGAUAUAGAACUUAAUCGAGUAUUAGGAGGAGGACUUGUUCAUGGCUCAUUGGUUUUGUUUGGAGGGGAACCGGGAAUAGGAAAAUCCACCUUGAUGUUACAGAUGGCACUUCAGCAUUCAAAAGCUAGGGUAUUGUAUGUGUCAGGAGAGGAAAGCUUGAAACAAGUAAAAAUGCGAGCAGAUCGAAUUGGAAAGACUUCUGAAAAUUGUUUUUUACUGAAUGAAACAAAGCUUCAACACAUUUUUUCGCACAUUGAAGAAUUAUCUCCACACAUUCUGAUUAUUGAUUCAAUUCAAACUCUUCAUUCGGAUUACUUGGAUUCUUCGCCAGGGAGUAUUUCGCAAAUAAGGGAAUGUACAGGUGACUUAAUGAAAUUUGCCAAAGAAACGCAAACUGCAGUCUUUAUUAUUGGGCAUAUAACAAAAGAUGGGAGUAUUGCAGGGCCUAAAGUACUGGAGCAUAUGGUGGAUACUGUGUUGCAGUUUGAAGGGGAUCGAAAUCACAUUUACAGAUUGCUAAGAACAACUAAAAAUAGAUUUGGAUCUACCAAUGAGUUAGGUAUUUAUGAAAUGCAAACAGGGGGACUUAUUCCAGUGGAAAAUCCAACAGAUGUGUUGUUAAACAAUUCUGAAGAAGCAUUAAGUGGGGUUUCUAUUGCUUCGACCAUGGAAGGUUUGAGGCCUAUGCUUAUCGAAGUACAAGCUUUAGUCAGUACUGCUGCAUAUGGUAACCCUCAAAGAACAACCACUGGUUUUGAUACAAAAAGACUCAAUAUGUUAUUAGCUGUGUUGGAGAAGAGAUGUGGGUUUAAGCUAGGAGCUAAAGAUGUUUUUUUAAAUAUUACGGGAGGGAUAAGAGUUCAAGAUCCUGCUAUUGAUUUAGCAGUAGUUUGUUCAGUCUUAUCUUCAAAUGUAGACAUGCCCCUUGGAAAAAAUAUUGCGUUAGCAGCUGAGGUAGGUUUGUCGGGAGAGAUUAGGCCUGUUCCGCAUAUUGAUCAACGAAUUAGUGAAGCUCAGAAGCUUGGGUUCGAAAAAAUGAUUCUUUCGAAGUAUAACAAAGGAGUUAAACAGGCUGAUUUUGAUAUUGAGUUACUCUUAGUGAGUAAAAUAGAAGAAGUAUUUAAGCACUUAUUUGGACAACAUUAA